AUGGUAAUCUGUAAGGAUAUUGAGAAUAAGGUUUUUCUAAUCCUGCAGGCCCAUGUAAUUGUCAAAUCUGGACCGGGUACCUUUCUCAGCCUGGCUGUAUAUGAUGAUUAUAUUUUUUGGUCUGAUGGAGUGAGAAGAGCUAUUCUGCGUUCCAGUAAAUACACAGGAGGAGAUACAAAAGUUCUUCGUUCUGAUAUCCCACAUCAGCCAAUGGGCAUUAUUGCUGUUGCCAAUGAUACUAACAGUUGUGAAUUAUCUCCUUGUGCACAAAUGAAUGGAGGUUGUCACGAUUUAUGUCUUCUGACUCCUGAUGGACGAGUGAAUUGUUCAUGUAGAGGGGAUAGAAUACUGAUAGAUGAUAACAGAUGUGUGACUAAAAAUUCUACUUGCAACGCUUAUUCUGAGUUUGAAUGUGGAAAUGGUGAAUGCAUUGAUUACCAACUGACUUGUGAUGGCAUUGCUCAUUGUAAGGACAAGUCUGAUGAGAAACUGUUUUACUGUGAAAAUAGAGGCUGUCGAAAAGGUUUCAAACCAUGUUCUAAUCGGCGCUGUAUUUCGCGUAACAAAGUAUGCGAUGGUAUGAAUGACUGUGGUGACAACUCUGAUGAAUUUGAUUGUAAAGAUUCAUCAUGUGCAUCAACAGAAUUCCGUUGUGCAGAUGGGACUUGUAUUGGAAAAUCAGCACAGUGCAACCAGAUCAUUGAUUGUGCAGAUGCUUCAGAUGAAAAGAAUUGUAAUAAUACAAACUGUGCUUACUUCUAUAAACUUGGAAUUAAAUCUACUGGAUUUAUUAGCUGUAAUUCCACUUCACUUUGUAUACUGCCAGAAUGGAUAUGUGAUGGAUCUAAUGACUGUGGAGAUUAUACAGAUGAACUAAAAUGCCCAGUUCAAAACAAACCCACAUGUGAAGAAAAUUAUUUUGGUUGUCCUAGUGGAAGAUGUAUUCUGAACACCUGGCUUUGUGAUGGGCAGAAGGACUGCGAGGAUGGAGUGGAUGAAUUGCACUGUGAUUCAUCCUGCUCGUGGAAUCAGUUUGCUUGUUCUGCAGACAAGUGCAUCUCUAAACAAUGGACUUGUGAUGGUGAGGAUGACUGUGGAAAUGGUUUAGAUGAGAGUGAUGCUAUUUGUGGUUCAGUGACGUGUGCUGCAGGGACAUUCAGUUGCCUAGGCUCCCAUGCCUGUGUUCCUCAGCACUGGCUUUGUGAUGGUGAAAGAGACUGUCCAAAUGGAAGUGAUGAACUCUCUACAGCAGGCUGUGCUCCUAAUAACACUUGUGAUGAGAAUGCUUUCAUGUGCCAUAACAACAUCUGCAUUCCAAAACAGUUUGUGUGUGACCAUGAUGAUGACUGUGGAGAUGGAUCAGAUGAAUCACUGGAAUGUGGCAAGUAUAAUAAAAGCAGAGAAAACAAAAAACUUCCGAACUGUUAA